GGGAGAGGGGCUCCCGGAGAGCCGCAUCCAUUGGCAGCUUUUGUGAUUGAUCCGGAGGUGUUCGCCGCCAACCCUUGGCUUUUCCAGGCCGGCUCCGCGCGACCCCUCGGAGCGCCCGCCGCUGCCCGGUCCCCCCGCGCUGACAGGUGCUCCCAGCCACUCGCUGGUGACUUCUCGGCGCUGCUCCCCCGGCUCCCCCGCGUCCCCACCUCCCCCCUCUUCUCCUCCCUCGCCUUCGCCCCCACCCCCACCACUUCGGCACAGCUCAGGAUUUGUUUAAACCUUGGGAAACUGGUUCAGGUCCAGGUUUUGCUUUGAUCCUUUUGAAAAAAAAAAAAAAAAAAAAAAAAGAACUGGAGACACAGAAGAGGGCUCUAGGAAAAAGUUUUGGAUGGGAUUAUGUGGAAACUACCCUGCGAUUCUCUGCUGCCAGAGCAGGCUCGGAGCGUGCACCCCGGCGCAGCCUUCCCCUGGCGGCGGUGAGACAGACUCUGGAGUCGCUGCUGCUUCCCAAGUGCCCGCCGGGAGUGAGGUCUCGCCCCAGUCAGCCCAAUGCUCCUCUUCGGGCUUCUCCUGCUGACAUCCGCCCUGGCCGGCCAGCCCGGGGCGCAGGCGGAGUCCAACCUGAGUAGCAAACUCCAGUUGUCCAGCACCAAGGAGCAGAACGGAGUACAAGCUCCCCAGCAUGAGAGAAUUAUUACUGUGUCUGCUAAUGGAAGUAUUCACAGCCCAAAGUUUCCUCACACUUAUCCAAGAAAUAUGGUCUUGGUAUGGAGAUUAGUAGCAGCAGAAGAAAAUGUAUGGAUACAACUUACAUUUGAUGAAAGAUUUGGGCUUGAAGAACCAGAAGAUGACAUAUGCAAGUAUGAUUUUGUAGAAGUUGAGGACCCCAGUGACGGAACUAUAUUAGGGCGCUGGUGUGGUUCUGGGACUGUGCCAGGAAAACAGAAUUCUAAAGGAAAUCAAAUCAGGAUACGAUUUGUAUCUGAUGAAUAUUUUCCUUCUGAACCGGGGUUCUGCAUCCACUACAACAUUGUCAUGCCCCAAGUCACAGAAGCUGUGAGCCCCUCAGUGCUGCCCCCUUCAGCUUUGCCGCUGGACCAGCUUAAUAACGCGGUCACUGCCUUCAGCACCUUGGAAGACCUUAUUCGCUAUCUCGAACCAGACAGAUGGCAGUUGGACUUAGAAGAUCUGUAUAGGCCAGGUUGGCAACUUCUUGGCAAGGCUUUUGUUUUUGGAAGAAAAUCCAGAGUGAUGGAUCUGAACCUUCUAAAAGAGGAGGUAAGGUUGUACAGCUGCACACCUCGUAACUUCUCAGUGUCCAUAAGGGAAGAACUAAAGAGAACCGAUACUAUUUUCUGGCCAGGUUGUCUCCUGGUUAAGCGCUGUGGUGGAAACUGUGCCUGUUGUGUCCACAGUUGCAGUGAAUGUCAAUGUGUCCCAAGCAAAGUUACUAAAAAAUACCAUGAGGUCCUUCAGUUGAGACCAAAGCCUGGUGUCAGGGGAUUGCAUAAAUCUCUCACCGACGUGGCCCUGGAGCACCACGAGGAGUGUGACUGUGUGUGCAGGGGGAGCACCGGAGGAUAACGCAUCGCCACACGCCGCCUUGGCCCGGCAGCGCCGCGCAGCGCAGAGGCUGGCUCUGUGAGAGAACUGAUGCGUUACCGCCAUCCAUAAUCUCAGUUGUUUGCUUCAGGGACCUUUCAUCCUUCAGGAUUUACAGUGUGUUCUGAAAGAGGAGACUCCAACCGGAAUGAGGAGUUGUGCAACAGCUCUCUUGAGAGGAGGCCCCCAUGACAGGGAAAAGGUCUCCGGGUGUGGAAAAAAAAUAUAUUAAAUGUUGUAGAUCACUAGCUAGUUAGAGUGACCCUGCACUUACUCGGCUGGCUGUGUUCUAUGUGUCAGUUGUCUUGAUAUGACUUUAGUUAAUGUCAGUACAGGAAGGAAAUGAGUGCAGAUGGGCACCUGAUUCUAUUGCCUUGCUUAUUAACUCUCAAGCUUCAUAGUCUGGGCCUAAAAAAGAAUCACAGAAAUCUGGAAUUUUCCCCUUAUGGUCACAUGUAUAAACCAGAGUGUUUGAUGGCCUACAAACUUGGUUUUGGAAAAAAAAAAAAAAAAGAACUAUGUUGUUAUAAAUUAAACUUAUGUUCUGUUGAUAAGAAAGACUGGAUUUUCCAUAUUUCUUAUAAAGUAUUUCUAUCAUUUAGAGGACACGAACUACAUUUCAUGGUUUGGAAGAGACAAACCUGAAAAGAAGAGUGGCCUUACCUUCACUUUAUCUAUAAGUUGGUUUAUUUGUUUUAUUGUGUACAUUUUUUAUAUUCUCCUUUUGACAUUAUAACGGUUUGCUUUUCUAAUCUUGUUAAAUAUAUCUAUUUUUACCAAAGGUAUUUAAUAUUCCUUUUUUUAUGACAACCUAGAUCAACUAUUUUUAGCUUGGUAAAUUUUUCUAAACAGAAUUGCUAUAGCCAGAGGAACAAAGAUGAUAUGAAAUAUUGUUGCUCUGACAAAAAUACAUGUAUUUCACUCUUAUAUGGUGCUAGAGCUUAGAUUAAUUUGCAUUUUUUAGAUUAUUGAAAUGGGAAAUAAAUAGAAUUUGGUACGUUUUGAACACUUUUCAAAAUAAGUAAGUUAUCAUAUCCUCCACUUCUGUUAUUGGAGAUGCAAAUAGAAAGUGACAUAGGGACAUAGGGAAAUAAACAUCUGGAUCCAUCAUUACUCACCCCGAACCCUUAUUGUCAGAACCGAGAGCCUAGCUCAGAAGAACACAAAGCACCUUGAAAAGAAGAGACUCAACGGCUUCCUGAAAAGCAUGCUCUGCUGUCCUGUAGGAACACAUCCUAUUUAUUGCUAUGUUCUGGUUUUAUUCUCUUGAAACUCUGUUCCACACACUUGUAUAAAUACAUGGCUAUUUUAAUGUACAGAAGUAUAUCCUUUAACCAAUUCACAUAUUGUACUCUUUGGCAAUUGAAAAGGAAAUCAGUAAAAUACCUGGCUUGUAAAUGCUUAAUAUUGUGCCUAGGUUAUGUGGUGGCUAUUUGAAUUAAAAAAUGUAUUGAAUCACCAAAUAAAAGAAUGUGGCUAUUUUGGGGAGAAA